AUGUUUGUCUACUUGUCUAUAUUAUCAUUGAUUUCUGAUUUACGGGUAGCAAGUAUUGUCAACCGCUUAUGCUUUGGAUAUCUGACUGAGUCUGUGAUACUGUCCACUCUUGCAGAUUUUUUCAACAGGGACACUCACCACGCACGUAUUCACUCACUCACCAUCCCUCAGACCUCCACCGAAGCCCUCUAUCUCGAUGACGCCUCGCUCGUCACCACCACCACCACCAUCCUCUCCUACCAGCCCGUUUCCGCCCUUCCCGACCCCGAAAAGUCCCUGGCCAAGAACAUCCCCCCAGAGGACUACGCCCUCACCACCCGCCACACCGUCUUCUACCCGCAAGGCGGCGGCCAACCCAGUGACACGGGCGUGAUCGUGGUCGCGGGGAGCGAGAACCCCGCGGCGACCUUUGAGGUGCGUCUCGUGCGCAAGACCCUCGACGGCACGAUCCUCCAUUUCGGCCGGUUCGCCACCACCCCGACCUUCCCCCUCGCUGUUGAGGUUGGCUCGCUCGUCACGCAGACCAUCGACGCCGUCAAGCGCAACUACCACUCGCGGCUGCACACGGCCGGCCACAUCAUCGGUCUGGCGAUGCGGCUGCUCGUCCCGGAGCUGGGCGAGCGGAGGAAAGUGAAAGCCAACCACGCACCGAGGGAGGCGUGCAUGGAGUUCGAGGGGCUGCUGUACAACGAGCACAAGCCGCUGAUCGAGGGGAAGGUGAAUGAGCUCGUGCAGCAGGCGCUGCCGGUGCAUAUCUCCUGGUGGGCGGAGAGUGAGAUUCAGGAGAAGGAGUUGAACAUGGUGGAGGGGCUGCAGCUGGGGGCGGAUGGGAGGGUGCGGAUUGCUGAGAUCGCGGAUCUGGAUGCGAACCCCUGCGGCGGGACGCAUGUGGCGCAUACUGGGUUGACGGGGUACAUCUCCAUCCGGAAGAUUAGUCGGCAGAAGGGGGUGACCAAGUUAUCGUAUGAGGUGCCGGUGCAGAUGUAG